AUGCCUUUCUGGGCGAGAGAGUCAGGGGCAGUUUUCCCGGCUCCAGCGACACGUAUUCAUCUUGCUCGCCGAGACGUUCCCAACCAUUUGAAACGGCGGGAAUAUGUAUAUGAGAGCCUGACUGAAACUCAUGAUUUCCGACUCCUGGAACUGCUGCCGGGAAACAAGAACGAGCAGAUAAGAUGCCGUUUGAAGCUUGCCCGUCUCGCGGCACAGCCACUCUACAACGCCGUAUCCUACACGUGGGGACAGCCCCCAGCCGACAAGACAAUACUUGUCAACGACCUUGAGUUUCGGGUAAGACAGAAUCUAUAUGAAUUACUGCUCGACCUUCGGCAUCCUCGUCACUCCCAAACGUACUGGAUUGAUGCCAUCUGCAUCAACCAACGGGACAACUUAGAGAGGAGCGCCCAGGUGCGCAGAAUGGCCUUGAUCUUCCAGACCGCUGUUGGCGUAGUGGCAUGGCUGAAGAACCAUCGUUUUCCGCUGGCUUCCAACGACGACGCUCGUGUUGUAUCAGUAUCCGGAGCACUCCGCCUGGGUUCCCCAACUUACCAGCACGAUCAUACUUACCAGCAGGAUCAGAGGCCUGAUCUGGCCGCCAUUGAGGCCUUUUUCGACCACGAAUACUGGCGCAGGCGCUGGAUCAUACAAGAGCUCGCUCUUGCAAGAUCCGCCCUGAUAUGCUGCGGUACCUUCACCGUCCCAUUCACGUAUGUCAGGACAUUGAUCCAGCUGUACAGCUCAUGGAUCACAAAUUAUCGCGGUCGAGACGUUCCACGGCGCCGUGCAGGUAGCAUUGAGAACAGUCUCGCAGCUCGAAUUCUCGACCUCCAAGGAUCUCCACGUGGGCCGGAUGUGACUUUGGAGCAGCUAUUGCGCGACUACGCCUCUACCGAGUGCGCCGAACCUCUGGACAAUGUAUACGCGCUAGUGUCGAUGUCGAGGCUGGCCAGCGAAAGCUUCCCUGUUUCCUAUGAUGUGAGCAAGCUUGAUUUGUUGCUGACCACCGUCGAGUUCUCAUCUGCUCGGCAGAGCCUGAACCCAACAAAGGCCAUACCCUUUGCUCUUGCACUGGGAAAACAACUUGGGAUCAAGAUGGACGAGCUCGUUCCCACAGCCCGAGCUCUCCGCAUACGUCCUGAGACAGGUGGCCGCGACUGCCACGUCGUCAGCACCCUCUGUAGGCGAGGCAUCGUCACAUCAUCCAGAGUCGACGACGUAGCGUUAUUCGGCCGCGCACAGGCCUUGCGAGAGCGAUGCCAAGGGCUCACGCACUUUGACACAACCUUUCCCAUCAGCAGGAACAUCCAGCCUAUCCGGGAGGCUACAUCUGCCUCUGACGCAUACUUUUCGGCAGGCAUUCCCUCAGACUGCGCCGAUAUCUGGGGGCCGUGCGAUCAGUGGACAGUAUCACCUAGGGAUCUCUUUGCCUUUAUUUGGCAGCGUACGCAUCUGGCCUAUGGAGAGCGGUCCUUGGAAGGGAUGUACCUCGGAUUCGCUUCGGCGCGCACGGAAGCAGGCGAUGUCGUCUACCAGUUUCCGGGAACAAGCGUCGCCAUUCUUCUUCGAAAAGUGGCCGGGGGCUCUCUCUUUGAGAUUCGAGGCCGAGCACGUUUAGCACGCGUGACGGUACGUGACGCUUUUAUGUUGAACGAGGCGUAUGAGGAGCCAACACAGGAAGAUGCUGAGGACUUGUCAGUUGCAUCUGUUGGAUGGCGCACUUUGGACUUGAUCAGAUUGGCAAGUGCAGAGCUCUGA